CCUCCCGGUGCUUCAAAGGCAUUUAGGCUGGCCGACCCGGCCAGACCGAGGAUCUCAGCUCGAGCAUCCUGAGACCUAGACUCUUCUGCUUGGAGCCCUCGGACGACGAGGCGCUCACUACCUGUCGGGCCGCUGCUUUGCCGCCAUGGCCGUCCCCGUGGGUCGCCUCUGCCACAUCUCCUUGCACGUCCCCCGCGGCCAGCCCCUGGCCCGGGACCUGCAGCGUUGCUUUGGCUUCCGGCCCGUGGCCGUGCGGGAGGCCGGCGGCUGGCGUCAGCUGGCCCUGCGCAGCGGGGACGCCGUGUUCCUGGUGAAUGAGAGCGCGCCGGGCUCGGGGGGGCGGCCGCGAGGACCCCUCUACGAUGUGGACCCCGCGCACGCCGUGCCCACCGCCUCCAACGUGUGCUUCGAGGUGGCCGACGUGCGGGGCGCCGUCGGGGCGCUGCGGGAGCUCGGCUGCCCUGUGGCCGUGCCGCCCCAGGCCGUGGCGGAUGCCCAGGGCACCGUCACCUACGCCGUGGUGCACUCCCCGGUCGGCAACCUGAGUCACACGUUGCUGGAGCGGGGCACGUACCGGGGGCCCUUCCUGCCUGGCUUCCAAGAGUACGGCCGACCCGGCGAUGGCCACGGCCAGGGCCACAGCGGCUGGUUCAGCCACGUGGACCACGUAGCGCUGGCAUGUCCGAGGGGGCGCUCGGCCGCGUGGCUGCGCUGGUACCAGGAGUGCCUGGGUUUCCGACGCUUCACUCUGGGCCCGGCUGAUGACCACCCUGAGCAGGGCUUGGAGAUCCGGGCCGGCCGGACAGGGGGCCUGCGUCUGGCGGUCCUGCAGGCGCCCCCGGGCAGUGCGGCCCCUAUGCUGGUGCUGAGCGAGUCGCUGUCCAGCCUGCGGGGGGCCCAAGACCAGGUGGAGCUCUUCCUGGCCCAGCACGGGGCCCCGGGCCUGCAGCACGUGGCCCUCUACACUGGGGAUAUCCUGACGACAGCCCGUCGGGUCACCGAGGCAGGCGGCCGUCUGGUGGCCCCUCCUGCCACCUACUACCAGCAGGCCCGCAAAGUGGACCAGAUUUCGGAGGCGGGCCAAGAACUGGGGAAGUUGGCAGAGCUGGGCAUCCUGCUGGACAGGGAUGGAAGGCAAAGCGAGGGGCCCAGUUACCUGCUGCAGGUCUUCAGCAAGCCCCUCUUCAACCAGGAGACCUUCUUCUUGGAGCUGAUCCAGAGGGAGGGGGCCACGGGCUUCGGCCAGGGCAACAUCCAAGCCUUGUGGGAGGCAUUGGAGGAACACAUGGCCGCCAGCCAGAGAGAGCCCCGCUGAGGAAGAGAGCCUUCCUAGCCGAGCUGCACCUUGUCACCCUGCUCUGCUCUGCUUUCUGUGCCAGCCUUGGCCACUUCGGUGCAGAAGCCCAGCCCCCUCUGGGUGGUGUGUGCGUGUGUUCGUGUGGCCUUACCCCCAUCUUCCUCCACUUGGAGGGGCCUGGAAGUCUAGGAUUUGGUUGGAUCCUGUCUUCCCCACACCCCCAUCCAAGGGAGCCAGCUGAGCCGCCUUUCCAACUUGAAGCACUCCCGGCAUCCUAAGGAAUCUGGACCGGCCACAUCUGAAUGCCUUCAGUUCACUCAGAAGACAUGGGUUCAGACGCUAGUGCUGCUUCCUCGGUGACCUUGGACUUGGCCCUUCCCGGUGAUGGGUCCCGAUUUUCUUCCCUGGGAUAAAAGGUCCUUCACCUUAAGUCCGGGGACCCCCUGACAGCCCCAAUGCCCUUGGCAGGUAUUAGUCACUGAAUUGCCUAGCCUGAGGCUGUGCAGGGCCCUUCACCUCAGCCAGGUGUGAUAAGAUUGGCACAGACUCUGGUGGCUAGGAAGCUGCCAGGAGUCUGGCACCAGCCAAAAGCCGUUCCUAAGCUAUGAGGGUGGGGCGGAAGGGGGCGCUUCUCGGAACCUGAGGUGGAGGGUCCCUUGGUUGGGUUGGGGAAGGAGACCCUUGUCCCAGCUUCCUACUCUGUCUGUCCUCACCUAAUAAAGA